GGGGCAGCGCUUGUGUCCACCAAGCAGAAGGCGGCCAGGACAGUCAACACUGACACUCCUGAACCAUGAAGACCCUGAUCAUUGUUGCCGCCCUGGCCGCCUUCUGCUUGGUGGACACAAGCGCUGCUCCUGCCCCAGAGGCUGAGCCCGGUUACUUUGGUGGCUUCGGAGGCUUUGGAGGUUUCGGUCGUGGCUUCGGGUUAGGAUAUGGAGGAUACGGAGGCUAUGGAGGAUACGGAGGCUUCUAUCGUGGAAAGAGGAGCGCUGAUCCAGCUGCUGAGCCUGAAGCUAAUCCAGGUUACCUCGGCGGCUUUGGAGGCUUAGGAGGCUUCGGGCGGGGCUUCGGUGGCUUUGGAGGCUUCGGCAGAGGAUAUGGAGGUUAUGGAGGCUAUGGAUAUUAUGGUUGAACACCAGCUGUUGUCAGCUGAGCCUUCUAUUUGUUUACUGUGACUAAAUAUAUACAAUAAUAAAAACAUAUCGAGCAUAAA